AUGGAGUCCAUCUUCAAUCAGAUCAAAGAGCUCUACGCCAAGGCAGAGGAUGCCGGGAAAAGAGAGAUCCAGGGCUACAUCCGUGAGCUGCAAGUUGGCUUCUAUUCAGACUGGGAUGUUGUUAUGAGACUCACCAGCGGGCCUCUUCAACUGGCUCUGGCCAAGAUUGGCAUCGACCUCAACAUUUUCACGACCCUCACACAGAGUGAUAUUCCCGCGCCUCCUUCGUACCAUGGCAGCAUUUGGCCUCGUGAAAGAGACCGGGAAGUACGAAUACACCGCCAGCGCCUUCACCAAGGUCUUUUCGAACCCCAAUGCGGCGGGUGCUAUUUGCCAACUGUCAGUCUCCCUCUCAACGACUCCAGAACGGCAGAAGCUAACUAUUUCUGUAGCUUCGAUAUUCCCGGCCCGUGUACCCAGGCCAUGCCCGACUUUCUCGCCGAGACCAAGUACCAAAACAUCACCUCCAACAAGCAGACCGUCUUCCAGAAAGCCUUCGACACUGAUCUGACGCUCUUUGAGUGGAUGCCUCAACACCCAAAGCACAUGAAGAGCCUAGGCCACCUGAUGGCACUGGAACGCCCAGUUCAUUGGGUAGACAAGUAUCCCGUCGAGGAGAGGCUCGGUUCCCUUGCCACCAAACCCGACGAGGCCGUCUUGGUAGACGUAGGCGGCGGUUUUGGCCAGCAGGCCAUCGCAUUCAAGGCAAAGUUUCCCAACCUCCCCGGCCGCGUUAUUGUCCAAGACAUCCCGCAAACUCUGGCGGGUGCCAGGCCGGUUCCGGGCAUUGAGUUUGUCGAGCACGACUUCUUCGGCCCACAGACUGUCAAGGGGGCCAAGCUGUAUUAUCUCCGUCAUGUGCUCCACGACUGGCCCGACAAGGAAUCUUUGCAGAUCUUGAAGAACAUCAUUCCUGCCAUGGGCCCGGACUCGUGUUUGAUCAUCGACGACGUGGUGCUUCCUGAAAUGGGCGUGCCUUGGCAGUCGGCGUACAUGGAUUUGAUUAUGAUGAACAGCUUGGGAGGCGUUGAGCGAACUAAGCCUGAGUGGGAGGCGCUGUUGAGCGAGGCUGGGUUGAAGAUUGUGGAGAUUCAUCAGUAUGACUCCAAGAUGCAGUCUAUUAUUGUCACGGUUCCAAAGUAA